AUGGAUAUGUCGUCAUCACCUACAUCCAAAACUGUGAUACAAGGACAAUCAAAUACUAUGCGCGAAAAAUGGGCCAGCAAAAUCGAAUUUCUCCUUGCCUUGGUCGGUUAUGCGAUUGAUCUAGGAAACGUUUGGCGAUUUCCUACAGUGUGUUAUCGGCAUGGUGGAGGUGCCUUUCUUGCUCCAUAUCUUAUAAUGUUGGUCAUCGGGGGUCUGCCAAUAUUUUAUAUGGAACUAGCAUUAGGGCAGUUCCAUAAAUUAGGUUGUCUCAGUGUGUGGCAGAAAGUUAGUCCAAUAUUCAAAGGUUAG